AUGUCCACAAAUAUCUACAGAUAUGUCAAUCCUCCUAGUUGCCGGGAAAACGUAGCGAAUACAAAUGUCUUCGGACGCCAAUAUGUGUCUACAAAAAGCGUGUGCGCCAUCGCAUGCACGGCGAACACUCCCCGCUGUGUGGGAUUCAACUACAUUAAAGCCGAUUCAGGGGAAGAUUUAUGUGAAUAUGCUGGUGCCAAAUCAGACGAGAAUAGCACAAAUUUGGUUCACAGAGAUGGAUAUAAGUACUUUGAACAGAGAGCAGUAUUUGGCUGGGAGCAGACGACAUCGCAAAAGAUGGCGACUGGCGGUGGAACGCUGCAAAUGGAGAUCCGGUGGAAUAUUCAGCAUGGCAUCCAGUUGAGCCGAAUGGCGGAAGUGGAGAAAACUCUGGAGAUGUCUGAGCAACAAGUCACCUGUUCUCAAUCUCGUCCUUAUCCAGCGUAUACCUACGUCCCUAUCACCGGUAGCAUUUGGUUAGGAGCAGACGACAUCGUCCAAGAUGGCGACUGGCGGUGGAACGCUGCGAAUGGAGAACCGGUGGACUAUUCAGAAUGGCGUCCAAAUGAGCCAAACGGCGGAAGUGGAGAAAAUUGUAUGGAGCUCUUCUCAGACGGGGCGUGGAACGACGAGUCGUGUAGCAGCGCCAGAGCCUUCCUCUGCGAGGGAUAG